UUGUUUAGCGACUCGGCGGCUCCGCCCUCAGGCAGUCGUCAGGCUUGGUGUGAGGCUUUGGACCUACUGCGCAGGCGUCUUCCUGCCGUAACCUGGUCACCUUGGAGUGUUAGGAUGAUCCGCAAAAGUUACCAGCCGAAUCUGUUGGCUCUUCUCUCUCCCAGCCCUUAAAGGGUUUGGGGACCAGGGAAGAACCCCAUGUGGCGUUUGGCUUUCUCCUCCUCCCGUUCGCCCCAGUCCCUCAUCGUUUCUGAGUCAGACGCUGGGGCCAAAAGUCUGGGAAAGCCAUAAGUCUGGCUGCCUAUUUAGCGUGUAGUAGUGAGUACUCGGUUUCCGGAGGUAUUUAAGCAAAGACUGGAGUUUGGCGGUGGUGGAGUAUAAGCCUUCCUAAAUUGGAUAAUGUAGUAGACAACCCCUUUUAAAAGACCCUUCUAGCCGUGACGAGUAUGAUGUAGAGUUUGGUCGGAGAACAUCAACCUCCAGCAAAAACCCCGCCGGCACUUCCUACUCAAAACUAAAAUAUAGGAGAGAGUGGGUCAGUUUUCAGGAUCUGUAUAGUGACAGUCACUGGGGUAGAUCUGCAGGAGCUUCGCCCUAAUCACGCAGGCCGUGUCGGUACUUCCUGGUUCUCACGCCCUUGGUCUGCAUCCUCUAGGGCUCUUUGAGUACACGCCUCCUCGGAUGCAAAAACGUUUUCAGUUUCUAAUGAAGGAAGUUCCUCAUCAGCUACUCAGAACCAAGAAAAAUUUGCCAGAUAAAUCUCUGUAGAAACGCUAAUUUGGGCCUGGAAAUCCCGGGAGCAAGUGUCAAUUUGUCACUCCUUAAGGACAUGAAAGUCCCAGAAACUUGAUGGUGGUGAAGUGCUGGCGGUUAUUUAGAAAGACUGACAAUCUAAAAGAUCGCCUGGGACCUUGGCCUGAGAUCUGGGAGCCUGUGAAGUGACUGGGAAGCCAUGGACGCAGCUGAGAAAGAGGAAAUCAGUGUUGAAGAUGAAGCUGUGGAUAAAAACAUUUUCAAAGACUGCAGCAAGAUUGCUUUCUACAGGCGUCAGAAACAGCGGCUCUCCAAGAAGUCUACCUAUCGGGCAUUACUAGACUCAGUCACAGCAGGCAAAGAGAGCACCAGCUUCCAAAUCAUCAACGAAGCAGCUAAGGUUCCUCUCCUGGCUGAAGUUUAUGGUAUAGAGGGAAAUAUUUUCAGGCUUAAAAUCAAUGAAGAAACACCCUUGAAACCCAGAUACGAAGUUCCUGAUGUCCUCACAAGCAAGCCAAGCACUAUAAGGCUGAUUUCAUGCUCAGGGGAUACAGGCAGUCUCGUACUGGCAAAUGGAAAAGGAGAUCUGAAGUGUCACAUCACAGCAAACCCAUUCAAGAUAGACUUGGUAUCUGAAGAAGAGGUUGUGAUGAGCAUAAACUCCCUGGGCCAAUUGUACUUUGAGCAGCUGCAGAUUCCUCCCAAGCAAAGCAGAGCUUCCAAGGAAAAUGAGGAGGAUACAUCAGAUGACACCACUCAGGAAAAUCAAGAGGAACUGGGCCUGUGGGAGGAGAAAUUCAGAAAUUUUGUGGAUGUCAAAGAUAAUGGUCCUGCCUCCAUUGGUUUGGAUUUCUCCUUGCAUGGGUUUGAGCAUGUCUAUGGGAUCCCGCAACAUGCAGAAUCACACCAACUUAAAAAUACCAGUGAUGGAGAUGCUUACCGUCUUUAUAACCUAGAUGUCUAUGGAUAUAAAAUACAUGACAAAAUGGGCAUUUAUGGUUCAGUGCCUUAUCUCCUGGCCCACAAACUGGGCAGGACUCUAGGCAUUUUUUGGCUAAAUGCCUCAGAAACACUAGUGGAGAUCAAUACAGAACCUGCUGUAAAGUAUGCAUUGACCCAGAUGGGCCCAGUUGCUGCUAAACAAAAGGGCAGAUCUCAUACUGAUGUGCACUGGAUGUCAGAGAGUGGAAUCAUUGAUGUUUUUUUGCUGACAGGACCUACACCUUCUGAUGUCUUCAAGCAGUACUCAUACCUUACAGGCACACAAGCCAUGCCCCCUCUCUUCUCCUUGGGGUACCAUCAGUGCCGCUGGAACUACAAAGAUGAGCAUGAUGUAAAGGCAGUGGAUGCAGGAUUUGAUGAACAUGACAUUCCUUACGAUGUCAUGUGGCUGGACAUAGAGCACACUGAAGGCAAGAGGUACUUCACCUGGGACAAGAAAAGGUUCCCAAACCCCAAAAGGAUGCAAGAGCUGCUCAAGAACAAACAACGUAAGCUUGUGGUCAUUAGUGACCCCCACAUCAAGAUUGAUCCCAACUACUUAGUGUAUGCUAAGGCCAAGGAACAGGGCUUCUUUGUGAGGAAUCAUGAAGGGGGAGACUUUGAAGGUGUAUGCUGGCCUGGUCUCUCCUCUUACCUGGAUUUUACCAGUCCCAAAGUCAGAGAGUGGUAUUCCAGUCUUUUUGCUUUCUCUGUUUAUCAGGGAUCUACUGACAUCCUCUACAUAUGGAACGACAUGAAUGAGCCCUCUGUCUUUAGAGGGCCAGAACUAACCAUGCAGAAGAAUGCCAUUCAUCAUGGCAACUGGGAGCACCGAGAACUUCACAACAUCUAUGGCUUUUAUCAGCAAAUGGCCACUGCAGAAGGACUGAUCCAACGAUCUAAAGGGAAGGAGAGACCCUUUGUUCUUACACGUUCUUUCUUUGCUGGAUCACAAAAAUAUGGUGCUGUGUGGACAGGUGACAACACAGCAGAGUGGAGUUACCUGAAAAUUUCUAUCCCUAUGUUACUCACCCUCAGCGUGACUGGGAUCUCUUUUUGUGGAGCGGAUGUAGGCGGCUUCAUCGGGAAUCCAGAGGCAGAGCUGCUAGUGCGGUGGUACCAGGCCGGAGCCUACCAGCCCUUCUUCCGUGGCCAUGCCACCAAGAAGACCAAGCGACGGGAACCCUGGCUCUUUGGGGAGGAGCACACCCGGCUCAUCCAAGAAGCCAUCAGAGAGCGCUACACCCUCCUGCCCUACUGGUAUUCUCUGUUCUACUCUGCACACGUGGCUUCCCAACCCGUCAUGAGGCCUCUGUGGGUAGAGUUCCCUGAUGAAUUAGAGACUUUCGGUGUGGAAGAUGAAUACAUGCUGGGAAGUGCUUUAUUGGUUCACCCAGUCACAGAACCAAAAGCUACUGUGGUUCAUGUGUUUCUGCCAGGAUCAAAUGAGGUCUGGUAUGACUCUAAGACAUUUGCUCAUUGGGAAGGAGCAUGUACUGUAAAGAUCCCAGUAGCCUUGGACACGAUACCAGUGUUUCAACGAGGUGGAAGUGUGGUACCAAUAAAGACAACUAUAGGAAGAUCCACGGGCUGCAUGACUGAUUCCCCAUAUGGACUCUGGGUGGCCCUAAGCACUAAGGGUUCUGCUGUGGGUGAAUUCUAUCUCGAUGAUGGUCAUUCAUUCCAAUACCUCCACCAGAAGCAAUUCUUGCACAGGAAGUUUUCAUUCGCCUCAGGUGUUUUGAUCAACAGUUGUGCUGACAAGAGGGGUCAUUAUCCCAGCAAGUGUGUGGUGGAGCAGAUCUUGGUCCUAGGCCUCAAGAAGCAGCCAUCUUCUGUGACCAGCCACUCACCUGAUGGUAAAGCUCAGCCUGUGGCUUUUACGUAUUGUGCCAAAACAUCCACCCUGAACCUGGAGAAGUUCUCACUGAACAUUGGUGCUGACUGGAAGAUCCAAAUCCAGUGACAGAGCAGUGCACUUGGUGACAAGUGCAGGGAGCAGCUGCACCUUUCUGCCUUUCCAGGGGCCUUUUUUUGCGAUUUGUGCUGCAUGCUAUUGACUUCUCUGGCUCAAAGUCAUCUUUCAUAAGUCAUCAGUUUACUAAUGAACAAGAGCUUUCAGAUUUUUCAGAUGUUACAUUUUUAGAUGUGCUAAUAAUACUCUUUGGGUCACACACACCCUCUUCUCCUACAUGCAAGUGGCCCAGAGACAUUUAUAGCGUUCACAGAUCUCGCAUUGCUCCUUGGGCCAUGACCUGUGGUAUGCACUCUUGCCCAGUGGGCAGCUUCUCUUUGAGCACAGCUGGAUAGGUUUGUUUUAUGUGAGAAGUGGGCCAAGCCCACCCACCUUGUGGAAGCUUGUCUCAGUCCAUGUGGCAGAGCCACUCGGGCUCCAGCAGCUGAGCUGCUCAAGGCCUAUCUCCAAGUGGACAGCAGCUUCUGGUGCCCCCCCCACCCCAGUUAUCUUUUACCCACUUAGACCUGGACAAGACAACCUUUUCUGCUUGCAGUGUAUUCACUGCAGCAACAGGGAGUUACUCUACCCUAGAGACUGACUCAGGAACACAAAGGGCUCUUUUCCCUGUCAUGUUUUUUGGGCUCCAAAGUUCCAAAUUAAUCUCCUUAAAAUUCGAAUUUCUUUAUAUUAAUUUUUUUAUUAAAUACUGUCCACUGGGCUUCCCUGGUGGCGCAGUGGUUGAGAAUCUGCCUGCUAAUGCAGGGGACACGGGUUCGAGCCCUGGUCUGGGAAGAUCCCACAUGCCGCGGAACGACUGGGCCUGUGAGCCACAGCUACUGAGCCUGCGCAUCUGGAGCCUGUGCUCCAGCAACAAAAGAGGCCUCGAUAGUGAGAGGCCCGCGCACCGCGAUGAAGAGUGACCCCCAGCUUGCCACAACUAGAGAAAGCCCUUGCACAGAAGUGAAGAACCAACAUAGCCAAAAAUAAAUAAAUAAACAAAUGUGGGUUUAAAAAAAAAAAAAAUUAAAAAAAAAAAAAUACUGUCCACUAACCAAAGCUUAUUUAUAAUAUGAGUAAGCUAUAAUUAAAAAUAAUAAAAUAAUUACCCAUGUCCCCACCCUCAAACUUCAGAAAUCGUACACAGGGCCGGGAUGAAGGUAGGCAAGUAAGGCACUUGCCUGGGGCACAAAAUUUAAGGGGAUGCCCCAAAUCACAGUAAUCAAAAUAAAUAAUAUUUUAAUGCAAUAUUUUUAAAAAUCAAAAUUAACAGCAAAAAAAAAUCCAUGAUGAACAAAAUAUCAAAAUUUUAAAUAAGGACAGGAUUGACAGUACUGCGUUUUACUUUUGCCUCAGACUCUAGUACAGCGUGGCGUGGGCUAGAACACUACACCAUGCCAGUUCCCCAGGAUGCUCCCCAGGGACGCCCUGCAGCCGCAGCAUCUGCUGGGGCAGUCACAUGUCCUCAGUACUGCUCAACAUGCACAUUUGCUUAUCAGGCUUCUUCCACUCAGCAGCUUGCCAACUGCCACCUCUAUGCCUCUGUUCCCUGGGUCCCAAUAUCCACGGUCUGCCCUCCACCUAUGCAAAUCCUACCAUCCAUCCAGGCCCAACUCAAAUCCCACUUCCUCACAGAGCCUUUCUAACUACCGUAACACCCUCAACUCCCCUUUACUAUGAGCAGUGAUUUUGCCCUUCUCUGAAAUGCUGCCCCACUUAUAAUAUGCAUUCUGCUUAGCAUUCUCAGGGAUGGCGCCUCAGUGUUUCAGGUUUGUCUGUCUUGUUCCCCUACUAGAUUUUAUGUUCUUCAAGAUCAUGUUUUAUUUUUCUUAUAUCUGCCAGAGCACGAUUAUACUUGGCUUUUAGUAAUGGUUGGCUGUAAUUGGUUGACUGAUGGAUUUGAUUGAUUUAAAAUUGAGAAUUGAAUGUAUUUGUUUCUGAUUUACUUUUCUGACCUAGGACUCUUCCCUCCAGAUAUAGUAAGCAUUACACAUUUCCUCGUGGACACAUUUGAUUGUAUCAGUUGAGAUUUGAGCUUUGCACCAUACAUAAGCGCACAUAGACAUAUACAGAUUCCUUGCUCCUAUUUCUGUAAGUUUUGCAAUUAAGGAGAAAUGAAGAAGGCUCCAUUAGCUGAAGUCCUAUUUCCCAGCUUCAAGUUUCCCUUGCCAAGCUAAAGUAAGACUUAAACUGAAAACUGAAUGCUCUUAUCUAAUAUAAAUGAUGGUUUUUAAUAGCACUUAAGGCUGAAUAAUUAAGACCUAUCUUCAGUUCAACAUUUAUUACGUGUCUAUUCAUCCAUUUAAAAUAUUUUUGGAGGAAGGAAUGAAAUAAGAACUUUAGAGUAGGUUAGUGAGGAACUGCUCUGUCUUGACCCAGAACUAUCCUGAAAGGUUUAACUAGAUACAUUGAAUGGAGAUAUAUCCUGGGUGUUCUUAAAUGUUCUCUGCUCUUAUUGCUUCUCACACUUUACCCACCUCCUAUAUCUGAAGCUCAGGACCAGAGAGCUAAGCAGGGCUGAGUUGGCUACAGUGUUGAGUUACCUUGUUGUGGCUAAUUCUCGAUAUGUUUUCUCAGGAAACUAGAUUUUAUGUAAGAACUUAGAAUCAUUUUAACAAAGAUUCAAACAAAGCUCUAAAAUGAAUAUAUAAUGUUUCUUUCCUUUAAGACUUAAAUGCCAGGGAAUGAGUUGACAAAUCAGUUUAAACAUUAGAAACUGCUCAAAAGAAAUAUGGGCAAAGGUAACUCAUAAAAGAAAUUGAAACAGGCAAAAUAAGCAUGAAAUACACUCAGCAUUAUUAAUAUUCAGAGAAAUGGGGGCAUCCAUGAUUGGCCAAGAUUAAAAUGAAAAUGUCCAGUGCUAAUGUUGGUGUGGGGAAUAGGCAUUUUCGUGCAUCAUUGGUGGAAUUAUGCUAAGUAUAAUCUUUCUGGAUGGCAAUCUGGCAAUAGCAUCAAAAUUUUAAAUUUGCAUACUUUAACCCAGAAAUUCCAUUUCAAAUAAAUCAGAUAAAUUGCUCA